UGAUGUAGUUUGCGUAGCCUCUUCAACUGUCACAAAAUUAUUUUGUACGGCUUCAUCCACGUCUACAAAAUCAUUCCAUGAUGGAUGCGUGCGUACGACAGAAGUCGACGUGUUUCAAGAUGUUACAGCGUGUGGUAUUGUAUGUGAUUGCUUUUGUUCUCGUCGUACAAGCUGUUGAUAAAAGUAACUUCAAGACAUGUGAUCAAAGUGCAUUUUGCAAGCGUACUAGAAAAAUUCCACCGGGACAAUCUCCAUAUGUUGCUCUGCUAGACUCCUUGCAGUCAUCUGGUGGCGUUGUUAAGUUAAAUGUUUUGAAUACCAAAAGUGGAGUAGUCCUAAGCCUUGAAGUACAUGGAUUGAAGUCUAACAUGGUAAGGCUAAAGAUCAACGAACUCCAUCCAAUCAAACAGCGCUAUGAAGUUCCUGAUACUUUAAUUAGGGAUCCUCCAACACAAAGUUGGAUUAUCAAAAAGCAAGAUCAGUCAGCCGUAACAAUUGCCAUGGCAAAUGAUGUGGAAGUCGUGAUCUCAAAACAGCCAUUCCGUAUUGACGUCAUUCAGCUUAAUGACUUGAUCGUCAGCGUCAACACUCGUGGGUUGUUGAGCUUUGAGGAACUCCGAAAAAGACAAGGGGGUGUGACUGGCAUGGUCUCAGGCCUGAUGGAUUCUAUAGCUUGCAGUUUCGUCUCAGUUUUUGGCUCCAAGUACAAUUCGGAUCCGGGAAGGGGUUCCUGGGCAGAAUAUUGCCAAGCUAUUAGGCCUAAAAUUCCUCCAAAGUCUGAAAAAGAAGAAAAAGAUGAAAAUGCAGAUGAACAGGCAGAAGGAGAGGAGAAGCAAGAGGAGGAAGCAAAAGAAGAGGAAAAAGACGAAGAACCAGGGAUGUGGGAGGAGACAUUCAAAACUCAUAAGGACACCAAGCCAAAUGGACCAUCAGCCGUUGGUUUAGAUUUCUCUUUCAUUGACUUCGAACAUGUCUACGGCAUCCCAGAACAUGCUGACACCUUUGCUCUCAAGACAACACUGAAUACUGAUCCAUAUAGAUUAUUUAAUCUGGAUGUGUUUGAGUAUGAACUUAACAAUCCUAUGGCCCUCUAUGGCUCAAUUCCAUACAUGUUAGCCCACAAUUCAGAGCGUACUAUUGGCAUAUUCUGGCUUAAUGCUGCUGAAACAUGGGUAGACAUCAGCUCCAACACUGCAGACAGGUCUCUUUUUGGCAAAAUGUUUGAUUUGGUGAAAGGUGGCGGUGACAUCCCCCAGGUGGACAGCCAUUGGUUCUCCGAGAGUGGCAUCAUUGAUGUGUUCAUUCUUUUGGGACCAUCACCAGAUGAUGUGUUUAGCCAGUACGCGUCUCUCACAGGAACCACACCUAUCCCACCGCUGUUUGCUAUUAGCUACCACCAAUGUCGAUGGAACUACAAUGAUGAAGAUGACGUGAAAAGUGUCGAUGCCAACUUCGAUGAGUAUGAUAUCCCAGUAGAUGUAAUCUGGCUCGAUAUUGAACACACGGAUGGCAAGAGAUACAUGACAUGGGAUAAAGUGAAGUUUCCAAACCCAGUUCAAAUGCAGGAUCAGUUAGCAAGCAAAGGAAGAAAGAUGGUUACAAUUAUUGACCCACACUUUAAGAAGGAUGAUAACUACCAUGUAUAUAAACAAGGAAAGGACCUUGGACACUUCAUCAAAAACCACGACGGAGGCGAUUAUGAUGGCUGGUGUUGGCCAGGUUCCUCUGCUUGGAUUGACUUCACCAACCCAGCUUCUCGUGAGUUUUAUUCCAACCUUUUUGUUGACCAAUACGAAGGCUCCACCCAUAAUUUGUUCACAUGGAAUGACAUGAAUGAACCAUCAGUAUUCAAUGGACCAGAAGUUACCAUACACAAGGAUGCCAUCCAUCAUAAUGGAUGGGAGAACAGGGAUGUGCAUAACAUCUAUGGAACGUACAUGCAAAUGGCAACAGCCGAAGGUCAGAUUAAACGAUCCGGAGGAAAGGAGCGGCCAUUUGUUUUAUCAAGAGCAUUCUUUGCCGGUUCUCAACGUUAUGGUGCGAUUUGGACAGGUGACAACAUGGCUGAUUGGGAUCACUUGCAGGCCAGCAUCCCAAUGCUACUCUCAAUCAGUGUUGCUGGCCUUCCGUUUGUAGGAGCUGAUGUUGGUGGUUUCUUUAAAAAUCCUGAACCUGAACUAUUAACCAGAUGGUAUCAGGCCGCAGCGUAUCAACCCUUCUUCAGGGCACACGCUCAUUUGGACACCAAACGCCGAGAACCAUGGCUACAACCAGCUAACAACAUGGCUGUAAUCAGAAGCGCUAUUCGUCAACGUUAUGCUCUACUACCGUUUUGGUACACGCAGUUCUAUAUAUCAUCACUGAAUGGAGCACUUGUAAUGAGACCGCUGUGGGCACAAUUCCCUACAGACACCAACACAUUUAAGACUGAGGAUGAGUACAUGAUAGGCAAGUCUCUAUUAGUUCACCCAGUCACCUCUAAAGGAGCAACAGCUGUUAAUGUAUAUUUUCCAGGCAAAGAUUCUAUCUGGUACGAUGUUCAGACUUACAAAUCAUAUACUGGAACUAAGUCUAUCUCAAUAUCAGUUACACUGGAAAAGAUUCCAGUUUAUCAGCUUGGUGGCAGUAUAGUUCCUAAGAAAGAACGUGUAAGACGUUGUUCAGCGCUCGGCGUCGACGAUCCAUAUACCCUGGUGGUUGCACUUGACGCCCAGUAUUCCGCCAAGGGGGAGCUGUACAUUGAUGAUGGCCAUUCAUUUGACUACAAGCAGAAUCAAUUCUUGUAUCGUAGCUUCACAUAUCAGGAUAAUAAAUUGACCUCUAAGAAAAUAGACAACAAUGGUAACUAUGCAACAGAAUCUACAGUGGAGAGAAUAAUCGUGAUUGGUAUUUUUGAAGCACCUACAACAAUUCAUGCCAUUAGCCCAAAUACUCCAAUGAAAAAUGUUGAAUUUAACUUUGACCAAUUCACAAAUUCUGUAGUUAUACGCAAGCCUGACCUGCGGCUACAAGAUGACUGGGUCAUAGUGCUAAAGUAACUUAAGCAGCUUCAUUCCUUAGGUUUUCAUUAAUGAUAUAUUUUCAUAGAAAGAGAAAAAAAUUCACCCCUGUACUGAAUGUUUACAAUUUUGUAUUUUCAUGUAAAAAUGUCUCUAUCAGGCCUGUGCUUUGUUAAAGAAGUAUAAAUUGUUAAUAACAUAAUUAAAACACAUAUUAUGAUGUUCCUGCCUAGUAAAGUUGUAUCUAACAAAAUUCCUGACCUAUGACCUUAUAUUUCAUAGUUUCGACAUCAGUGACCUAAUAAUUUGACCUCAUUGUUGUGAUCUGUUGAUUUGACAACAUAAAAAGGGACUAAUAUCUUGAAACUAUCAUCUGAUCUCAUUUCUUAUCUUACUUGGUCUCAAAAUUCAAAUGUCAUGAUAGGAAUCUAUAUAUAAUUUGACCCAUAAUUUUAUCUCAACAUUACCUCACAAAAUGGAUCAUUUAAGGACCUAAAAAUGCAACCUAAUUUAGUCAUUUAUAUUGUGCAUUCUGAAACAUUCUGAUAAGUUAUGCUUAACUAUUCAAAUAUAAUGGUAAAAUGGUUUAGCUUUCUUCAUAGUCCAAAUUCUAGGUUCAUAUCAUCUGUUCAUAUUUUUUUUCCUUAUGCCUUUUUUUUACUGUUUCAAGCUAAUUAAAAAAAUGUCAGUUAAUUACUUCAAAUGAAUUACUUUUAACAAAACAUAAAUUACAGAAAUGUUAAUGUCUGAAAUACAGCCUUGAAAUAUAUAGAGAAAACAAUCCCGUUUCUGAAAAUUAGGAGUAAAUAUUAUUAUUGUAUGAAUUAUUAGAAUGAAGGAAUUACAAUUGUUGAUGGAAGAUUUGUUUUAUGUACGGUAUCACAUAGAUGUGGUAUACAGGAAACAUUUUGAAACUAUUUGAUCUUAAAUGAGGCCUACAAAAUUUACAUUUGAUUAAUAGGGUAUUCAUGAUAUAUGGUGUGGGGCUAUACUUGUGUAUGUUUUUGACAGUUUGAAUUUAUGUCUAUCUUGUUCCAAGACUCUAAUGUACAGCCAAGAUUUGAAGAUAGUUAAUAAAGAUAGUUAUUUGGCAAAGUCCACAUAUUGACUUAGAUUCAAACAUAAGGACACUCAAUUAUUUAUACAAAACAUGUAUUGUUUUUAGCAUGACAAUCCAAAUUAAUUUACUUUUAUUAAUUUUUGUCUAUAUACAUGAUUCAUAACACUAAUGUAGUGCUGUCUUGUUAAUAUAGAUUAAAGCACCUAAGUGACCCUAAUUUAACCCCUUUAUUUUUUUUUUCAAGACUCGCUCCCUCGAUUUCUGUUCCAUGUUUUUGCCAACUCUUACAAAACAAAAAUUAUUUGAUCUUGUUUUUGACAACUAAGGAAUUGUGUCACAAGUCAUAAAUGCUAAACAAACAUUUGAACUAAAAAAAUAUCUUGUAACAGUUUCUCUUUUUCGUGGAAAUUAUGCUUCAAUAUUAAAUUGUAAUUGUCAUAAACAUUGACAACUGCCAUUUGUUUCAAAUAAUUAUGGUUUUGAAAUGUUUCAUCACAUUUGUAAAUCAUGCUUAAAAUAUACCUUAAGAAAACAAUGUCAAAUGCAUUGUAUGUUGACAUUGAAAAAUGUUGUUUACUAUUUGAAUUUUGUCAGAGGUAGAAGAAGGUUUCAAAAACAUGAGGCCUGCCAUCCUAAAACCAGCGUACUGUCACUAAAUGAAUAAUUUGCAUAAGAAUGGGGCAGUAUUGUAUUGUAUACUUUAGUAGAGAGAAGCUGUAAUACUUUCAUUCUUAACUUUGGCAAUAAUAAGUCGAUUCCAGUAAAUAACAUUUUAAAGCUUAUAAUGUGGAGUAUAUAAAUUUUUUUUAAAAAGGCGAUGUUCUUGCUUUGGUCAAUGAUUCUGGAUUUGGCAUGACAAGCCCCAUAUGUCAUUCAAAAUACUACUGUAUAUCAUUAAACAGGUGCUUGUAUUGGUAUCAUUAAUCAUGGUAGUUCAAUAAUUUCAGUAGCUUCUCUAGCAAAUGCAAAUAUUAUUUUUCUAGUAACUACUUAAGCAAUAAGUAAAUUAGUCCCAUUCAGACUCUUUUAUAAAUAAUAUUUACCCUUCAAAAUAAUUUCUAAUUCUAUGUAAUUGCACACUUGGCUUGUGCUUUUUCAUUUAAAUGAUGAUAUUUAUAAAUGUUUUUGUAAAACGAUAGGAAAAUUAAUGUUGUAAAUGUUAUGUAAUAAAAAUUGUGGACAUUUGUAAACUGUAUGUAUAUGCAGAGAGCACUCAAAACUAAUCAGAAUAAAGGGUAUAACAAGAAAAAAAAAAACCCCAGAAAAUAGAAAAAGAAAGUUUAGGUGUUAACGUAUCUUUUAAGAGUGUCAAUCACACUUAACAACUGACCAAUCAGAAGAGGCCAGGAAUAUGCGCUGGCUAACAUGCACACAUGUCCCAUGAAAGCAUGUGUUUGCGUUUGUUUUAACACUGUCGUUUUGUGAGACAUUGACAACAAUAUCAAAGGAGUGGGGCUUAGCGAAAAGGUUUUUUCAUCUGUAAAUCAGAAUUUUGAAGCAGUAGUGAAAAAGUAUCCGUUGCCUCCUUAGUAUGGUGUUCUGUUGGAUAUUUCUCAGCCACUGGUUAUUUGGCCAAGUUUUAAAUCUGUUGUGCUUUCUGAUUGGUCAAUUAGUUGGACCAAGUUAUGAAUUUAUUGUGCUCUCUGAUUGGUCAACUAGUUAUUGAGAAUUAUACUUGGUGUGUUAAUUUUUGAUAUUUUUAGAUUUUUCUUUCAUAUUUUGAUGUCAAACAUAUAUGCCUAUUAAAAUUUCUGUUAUUUAAAUUUUUUUUGUGAUUUUUUUUUUUUUUGUUUUUGUUUUUGUUUUUGUUUGGGGUUGGAAAUUAUUAUAAAUAUAAUUUGAUUAAUAUUGAUUUCAAGAUAAAAUAAUUCAAAGUGAUAGAAGGUCAGUAUCAGCUUUUGGGUGAAAAAUAAUGAUUAAUAUUGAUUUUUUUUGUUUUUCUUUUACAUAGACUUUUUGUUAUUAUUAUUGCCUUUCUUUAUUGAUUUGUAGUUUUGGACAAUUAUUUUAAAUAUUGUCAUUGAUAGGUGACAUUAAUACUAUAUUAUUAUUAUUGUUAUUGUUGUUAUUAUUGUUAUUAUUAGGGAGCAUGAGUUUAAAAUCAUUCAUGCAUGUCAAAACAAGUUCUUAUCAGGUUUCGAAACGAAAUUCCAAUAAAAAAAAAUUCUUCCAAGAAA